CCCCAAACACCCUCGUGUCAUAUAAAUCCUCCAUCGAGGGCAUUCCCGGAAAUACCCAAUCUCCGAUCAUCCAUCAUUCUCUCUCUCCUUCCACCGUCUCGCUCCCUGAGUCACCGCCACCACCACCACCACCGCCGACUCGCUCCCUGGUCGGCUCGGUAUGGAGAUCGCUCACGAGCCACCGCCUUCCCUUGACGGAAGCCCUACCGCCGCCCAAACCCUCGCGACCUCUCCGUCGUCGUCGCCUUCUUCCUCCUCUUCUUCCGCUUCGUCGCCGCGUGGUUCCAAGGGAAAGGAGAUCGAUGCGACCUCGUCGGUGACGGCGACGACUGCCACGACCGCGCCGCCGCCUGCUGCUAAAUACGACGAUGAGGAGGAUGAAGAGGACGUGUGCCGGAUAUGCCGAAACCCUGGAGAUGCCGAAAAUCCCCUCCGGUAUCCUUGUGCGUGCAGCGGGAGUAUCAAGUUUGUGCAUCAAGAUUGUCUUCUCCAGUGGCUUAAUCACAGCAAUGCUCGCCAAUGCGAGGUUUGUAAGCAUGCGUUCUCGUUCUCUCCUGUUUAUGCUGAGAAUGCGCCAGCUAGGUUACCUUUUCAAGAGUUUGUGGUUGGAAUGGCAAUGAAGGCCUGCCAUGUUCUGCAAUUCUUUUUGCGUCUGAGUUUUGUGCUAUCUGUGUGGCUCUUGAUUAUACCUUUCAUAACGUUCUGGAUAUGGCGGUUAGCGUUUGUGAGGAGUUUAGGUGAAGCCCAGAGGUUAUUCUUGAGCCAUUUAUCAACAGCAGUUAUUCUGACUGAUUGCCUCCAUGGUUUCCUACUUUCUGCGAGCAUAGUCUUCAUCUUUCUUGGGGCCACUUCCUUGAGAGAUUACUUCAGGCAUUUGAGAGAAAUUGGGGGACAGGAUGCUGAUAGAGAAGAUGAAGUGGACAGAAAUGGCGCUCGAAUCGCUAGAAGACCUCCUGGACAAGCCAAUCGUAAUAUUAAUGGUGAUGGGAACGGUGAGGAUGCUGGUGGAGCACAAGGAAUUGCAGGAGCUGGUCAAGUAAUUAGAAGAAAUGCUGAAAAUGUGGCUGCACGGUGGGAGAUGCAAGCAGCACGUCUGGAGGCUCAUGUUGAGCAGAUGUUUGAUGGUCUGGACGAUGCUGAUGGAGCUGAAGAUGUACCCUUUGACGAACUUGUUGGCAUGCAGGGUCCAGUUUUUCAUUUGGUUGAAAAUGCCUUUACUGUUCUUGCAAGUAAUAUGAUUUUCCUUGGUGUUGUCAUCUUUGUGCCCUUCUCACUGGGCCGCAUCAUACUCCAUUAUCUUUCCUGGGUCUUCUCAGCUGCUGGUGGUCCUGUGCUGUCAGCAGUGGUUCAACCUACGGACUCAUCUCUUUCCCUAGCAAAUAUUACUUUAAAAAAUGCUCUAACAGCUGUGAAAAAUUUGUCAUCUGAAACUCAAGAAAGUGGAUCAAUUGGUCAGGUUGCAGAAAUGCUGAAAGUGAAUGCCAGUGGAUUGAGUGAAAUGUCAAACAACAUAAGUGCAUCUGUUUCAGCUGAUCUCUUGAAAGGAGGGUCUAUUGGAACUUCUAGGCUUUCUGAUGUUACUACUCUUGCUAUUGGAUAUAUUUUCAUCUUGACUCUCAUUUUCUGUUACUUUGGCAUUGUUGCUUUAAUUCGUUACACAAAGGGUGAACCCUUGACCCUGGGAAGGUUUUAUGGUAUCGCUUCAAUAGCAGAGACAAUUCCAUCUCUCUUUAGGCAGUUUUUGGCAGCAAUGAGGCAUUUGAUGACCAUGGUGAAAGUUGCUUUCCUUUUAGUCAUUGAACUUGGGGUAUUUCCACUUAUGUGUGGGUGGUGGCUUGAUGUUUGUACCAUACAGAUGUUUGGUAAAACAAUGGUGCACAGAGUUCAGUUCUUCUCUGCGUCUCCUUUAGCAAGCUCAUUGGUUCAUUGGGUUGUAGGAAUUGUGUACAUGCUACAAAUAAGCAUAUUUGUCAGCCUUCUUAGAGGGGUUUUGCGUAAUGGAGUUUUGUACUUCCUUCGGGAUCCUGCUGAUCCAAACUACAAUCCAUUCCGCGAUCUGAUAGAUGAUCCUGUGCACAAACAUGCUCGCAGGGUUCUGUUAUCUGUUGCAGUUUAUGGGAGUUUGAUUGUCAUGCUGGUAUUUUUGCCGGUCAAACUUGCCAUGCGGAUGGCACCAUCCAUUUUCCCACUUGACAUAUCGGUAUCUGAUCCAUUCACCGAAAUUCCUGCUGACAUGCUUCUCUUUCAGAUCUGUAUUCCAUUCGCUAUUGAGCAUUUUAAAUUGAGGACAACUAUUAAAUCCCUACUUCGCUACUGGUUUACGGCAGUUGGUUGGGCUCUUGGUUUAACUGAUUUCUUACUGCCUAAACCAGAUGAUAAUGGUAAUCAAGAAAAUGGAAACGGGGAGCCUGCUAGGCAGGAAAGGCUACAGAUAGUACAAGCAGGGGUGCAUGAUCAGGGUAUGGUUCCAUUUGCAGGCGAUGAUUUGAAUGCAGAAGGAGAACUGAAUGCUGGAGAGGAUUAUGAUAAUGAUGAGCAAUCUGAUUCUGACAGUUAUGCCUUCGUUCUUCGCAUUGUUCUUCUACUGGUGAUUGCUUGGAUGACUCUCCUUGUCUUCAACUCUGCCCUGAUAGUUAUACCAAUUUCAUUUGGACGGGCACUUUUCAACUCCAUUCCUCGUCUUCCUAUAACUCAUGGAAUUAAGUGCAAUGAUCUGUACGCGUUCAUCAUUGGAAGCUAUGUAAUCUGGACUGCUGUUGCUGGACUUAGAUAUUCCCUUGACCAAAUUAGAAAAAGAAGGAUUUCAGUUUUGCUGGGCCAAGUAUGGAAGUGGUGCUCCAUUGUUGUGAAGAGCUCUGCACUUUUAUCUAUAUGGAUAUUUGUCAUCCCAGUGCUAAUUGGGCUUCUCUUUGAGCUUUUGGUCAUUGUGCCAAUGAGAGUUCCGGUGGAUGAAAGUCCAGUGUUCCUCCUUUAUCAGGACUGGGCAUUAGGCCUUAUAUUUCUCAAGAUAUGGACUAGAUUGGUUAUGUUGGACCACAUGAUGCCUCUCAUGGAUGAAAGUUGGCGCGUAAAAUUUGAGAGGGUGAGAGAGGAUGGUUUCUCCAGGCUGCAAGGUCUCUGGGUCCUUCGGGAGAUUGUACUUCCAAUCAUAAUGAAACUACUGACAGCAUUGUGUGUACCUUACGUUUUGGCCAGAGGUGUGUUCCCAGUGCUGGGAUACCCCUUGGUGGUGAAUUCUGCUGUCUACAGGUUUGCAUGGAUAGGAUGCCUCUGUUUCAGUUUUGUGUGCUUCUGUGCCAAGAGAUUUCAUGUCUGGUUCACAAAUCUCCACAAUUCAAUUCGUGAUGACCGGUAUCUCAUUGGCCGGAGGUUGCAUAACUUCGGAGAACAUGUUGAGAAGGCAAAUGAAGCAGAAACUUCCAGUGGGUUGCAGGAUACUAUAUUAAGAGAUUCAACUCUAAUUCAACAAGAUCGUGAUGCAGAUGUUGGACUACGGUUUAGGCGCAUAAAUCAACAGGCAGGCUGAGUUAUGUUUCAGGUAGGAAGGAAGGAGACUCUUUAGGUUGUUCAGCCUGAGGCUGGCAUAAUCGCUGAUGCAUACUCUAUUCCACUGUGUUGGAUAGUUGUAACUCCUCUUGUCAUGACAACUGUACUGCUGUCAAAGAUAAAAUAGUUUGUGCAUGCUACUUGUUCAAUAAUUUAGUUAAUAGGAGGAUGAUGAAAAAAGUUGUAGAGUUUUUUUUUUUUUUUUUUUGAAUUCUUUUGUGGAAGAGUGAAGCGGGGUGCAUGGUGGAUAGUCAGUCUGAGAAACUCGUAAUCACUUAAUUGUGAAGUAAAUAGUUAUCCUUAAAUUAUGGUAAUUUUUUUGUUAAUUAUCAGUGUUUGAGUGUCUAAAUUUUGCUGGCAUUCAAUAGUGGCAAUGAGACCUGAAUUUGUGAUCUGAUU